UCCGAUUUCGGAGAAACUCAUUUUCCGCUCGACCCCUCGCGUUCGAACUCAACCGAAGCACCGCCACCGCUCUCCUUCCCACUAUCACUCAUGGCGAAGCGGCUUCUCCUCCGUCUCAAUUCGAGAUUGCGAGGUGUGAGGAAUGAAGAUUACUACCGGCAACUGUUGUCCGGCGUGCUCAAUCGGCGCCUCUCGCAGAGCCCGAAAGUUGAGAAUGUAGAGAAAAUCGUAACUGCUGAUCUUGAUGAAACCGUGAGCACGGCGAGUUCUCCGAAAAACAAGCUCAAUGAGGCUGAUAGUUGUUCUUCAGAUCUUAGUAGAGACGGUUUCAAUGAUGCUGAAUUGAGUGGGUGGAGAUUGAAGCUGGAGUUUGCUUGGCUCUCCAGAGCUCUCGAGCCGGCGCUGCUGCAGUUGUAUAAGUGGGCAUCUUUUACAGGAACCGAUGAGAAGCAGAAAACAACAGCCCCCAGCACGCAAUCUCUUACCGAGAUCCUUAACAACCUUCAGCGGAGCAAGAAAGGCAUUCGGGACUGGAGCCUCGGCGAUCUUACGGUCGCUCUGUACCUUAUUUAUCUCAGCCGAGCUUCGGCAGAUAAAGUUGAAGAGUUCAACGGCGUUCAGAUCUUCUCAGAUGCUAUAGUUCAAGAACUCAUCUACCAUAUUGAACUUGCAAAGGGGGCUUACAAGGACAAUGCGACCGCUCUUGCACGCCACAGCAUGCUUCGAGAAAGAAAUGUUUUGAAAUUUGUGAGGGAUUCCAGUGUGAUGAGACCUGGAUACUAUAUCGGGAUAGAUACACGCAACAAGUUAGUAGUGUUUGGAAUCCGCGGAACUCAUACGGUUUACGAUCUCAUUACUGAUGUGGUUUCUUCGAGCGAUCAAAAAGUUUCGUUCGAAGGCUUCUCGACCCACUUUGGAACAGCCGAGGCUGCUCGCUGGUACCUUCGACAUGAGAUGGGAACAAUAAAGAAAUGCCUAGAGAAACACAAGGGCUAUAAGUUGAGGUUAGUGGGGCAUUCUCUUGGAGGUGCUGCGGCUGCAUUACUUGCCAUUAUGUUGCGGAGGAAGUCAAAAGAGGAGCUGGGAUUUAGUCCUGACAUUGUUUCUGCUGUUGGAUUUGGAACUCCUCCUUGCGUCUCGAGAGAACUUGCGGAAAACUGUGCUAGCUAUGUCUCUACUGUUGUAUUGCAGGAUGAUAUAGUUCCUAGGUUAAGUACAUCUACACUGGCAAGAUUACGAAAUGAAAUCCUUGAAACUGAUUGGAUGACUAUUCUGGAAAAGGAAGAUUUGAAGGGUAUCAUUGAUAUAGUUACAAAUGCUAAGCUGUUUGUGUCUUCUGUUCAAGACGUGGCUCGAAAAUUUGCCGACUAUGCGAAGUUUAGAAAUGCAUCGGAUACUUCCAGUAAGUUUGAUGCCUCUUUGUGUAAAAGCUCUGCUGCUCCUGAAAAAUCCCGCUCAGAGGCUUCGGCCAUUGUUAAACAAGAUGGAUCGGAGUCGGAGGAGCUCUUCGCACCGGGAACACUCUAUUACAUAAAGAGGCAGAUUGAUGAUAUAAGUGGCAGCUUGAAAAGUAUAGAAUCUUAUACAUUGUGGAAAAGGCACCCCGGUGAACAUUUUGAGAGGAUAUUGCUGUCCGGUAACUUGAUUUCCGACCAUAAAUGCGACAACCACUAUUACGCUUUACGGGAUGUGCUCAAAAGCUUGCCGAUUGGAGAUGAAAAAAGCCUAUGUUGAGUUUUAAUAAAGCGGGUUCGUUCAUGGCUUCGGCCUUUUAUUCACAAUGUUUUUUAUAUACCAAUGUCAUGUAUCACUUAGAUAUUCGAUCUCCAUACCGUAUUUUUAGUGGAUGGAGUAUGCUUUGUAGUAUUCAAGUUGUUUUACAUGUACAUAUUCUGUCUAUUUGUUUCUGGUGGGAGAUAUGAAAUAAUUUUGUUAAGAA